GCGGCUUCUCGCUGUUAGAGAAACAAGGCCGCCGCCUGUGAGGCCGAAGGCAGGGGCCUUCCCACCUUUCUAGAAAGCUCUGGGACUCCCUACCUACCCACUGGUAGGUUACAAUUUCGUGGUAGCGUUCACGGCUGACACGCCCAGGCCAGUCACCGUUGCUUCGUUGAGAUUGUGACAGGGCACAGUGUUAUGGCGUUUUCCAUUGGAACCCCAUCUGUCGGUUCGACACAACCAGUCGUGAGAGGUCUCAGGCUCCUCAGAACUAAGGUGAAUGAAUGAUGCACGCCCUUUUCUAGGUAGUCGGAAGCGAUUGGUUCUCAGGGACGAACCCCAUCUGUCGGUUCAACACAACGUCUCGUUCCCUCCAUCAGGGAACCGAGGUUACAAACGUAACCGAGACGUUUUCCACACGGUUGUAACCUAAAGAUGCGAGUGGUAUAAGGGAUUCGUUUAUCUCUCUAACCAAAGAUUCAAUAUCAUCAUAAUAACCGUUUUUUAUAGGGUAACGUGAUGGAUUCAUCACGGAUUCGCCAUCAUGUGUAUACUUCUUGAAACUCACACCUUUGAGGAGUGGGGUUAUGUUAUUUAUUUUAAAAAAUGCCACUUCAGUAUUAAAUGUGUACCAUGUUCUAGGAUAUUAAAUUUCAACAAUGCCAAGCUCCCAUUUACCUUUCAUACGUAACGGGUUGGCUAGACAUGUCCUAUAAUUAGAAAUAGUAUUGUGUGGGUACACUGACAACAAGGCAUUGCAGGGUAGCGCGACAUAAAACCCACCAUCAGUCAUGUCAGUCUGUCUUCUUUUUCUUGAAUGCCGUGGGUCUCUACGCACGCACAUUUAAAGCAUCAACGAUUUUGUAUUUAAACAAAGGUUUAACACGAUGCACUCCCCUAGGACCGUAAAGAUUUUGAAACACCACAGCUUCAUUGGCUUUGUUAACAUCCACGGGUCUCAUUUUAAUACUUCUAUGACAACUGGUGUUGUAACCCAGCGUGAGAUCUUGUAACACAUCGACAUAACGCUUCAUAUUAGCGGCUGUUAAAUAUCUCCACAUUCUACUUUUCAGAGUUCUAUUAAGACGUUCAACAAUGCUGGCUUUUAAAUCUGAGGAUGUAGCAAAAUGUUGAAUAUUAUACUUUUUAGAAACACCCUGAAACUGUUUAUUAAAGAAUUCACGGCCUAAAUCGGUCUGUAGACGUAAAGGGACGAUCCCUUCAUCAAGUAUAGACUCAAAAGCUUUUGACACUUCGUAACCGGACUUGUUCUUCAUGACGCGAGUCCACGCAUAUUUACUAAACACAUCGAUACAUGUCAUCAGAAAUUUUAAACCAUCGUUUUCCACGGAGUAGGCAGACAUAUCAACCAAAUCCGCCUGAAACUGUGUGUUCACACCGUAAACAAUUACUCUGUUUCUCUUGUAUUUUAGAGGAGCCACUUUAUGUAAAGUGUAUGCAUCCUCCGAGGAUAGCCAGUCUGAAAUUUGUUUAUCAGUUAGACAAACCCCUGCAUCAUUUAAUACACCCUGUUUUAAACGUUUUUUACCACCUAAAGGCCCUGGAUUAGAAGGUGUGUAAUAAACCUUUUUCAUGAGCUCAGACAUGUUGUCAUAUCAACAGACGCAGAUAAAUAAGGCAUUCUAUUUUAAAAACAACGUUUUUAUUUUCGAAAAUACAUCAAUAAAAAAAUUAAAAAAGAAAAAUACAUUCACAGACUGUCUAUAUAAACAAGAAAACGAAUACAUGUGAGAAUAUAUUUAUCGGUCAUGUGGUCACUCACAAGUUCAACAAUUUCACAGACCUCAUUCUGACCUUUUUUCUCGGAUAUCAGGUUUAUACAUAUAUCAACAGUAUCAAUAUUGCGAUGGCAUGUGCUACAUCAAAUACAUUAUCAUUUUCACACAAUGUUUUUAACACUUUUCUGAUGAACACGACAGAUGAAUCGCCACCUGUGAUACAUGGCUGUGUCAGAUGAACCCACGAGUCCGACAAAUUUCUCACAACUAUCAUUUCAUUCUUUAAACUGUUUACACGUCUGGCAUUACAUACAACAUAGUCUGAAGGACCACGCUUAUCAACAUUAUCAUAUAUCACACAGUACAGAAGAUUAACUAUUUCACGUUUGUAAUAUAUUUUAAACACACGUUUGACAAAACCAAAAAUGCAUGUGUUCCCCAUCCCACUCACACGCUGAGAUUACCAACACCACUUUUCCAGAAAUCCACAGCGUCGUUGACAACUUUCUCACACUGCUUAUCCACGAGUUUAUCAGUGAUUUCGUUAAGUUUCUCCACGAUAAAGGGCUCGCCCCGUAGCUCACAUAGAAUAGCUUCUACGGCCCCUUGAAUUCUCUGGGGGUGAGGUCUUAGACCGUAGGUGGUUAACGCAUGAACAAUACUGUUUAAACUGAGGGUUGAACAGUUUUCUUGAUAGUUCUUCAAAGUAUCCUUCUAAGAAAUAGGGUGAUGGUUCAAAUAGACACGAGUGCUGCAUCUGACUCGGAUGAUCGAUCUCACAGCCGUUACACAAGUCUUUGAGUUUUGUGUUAACUAUGUAUGACAUCAGAACGUCCACGAUGGCUUUUAUUAUUUUAAAACCAUCCUCUCCGAUACAUCCAUCCACAACAUCUGGGGAUCCUACUGCCUCGGCGAUGUCUUGACUACGAGUCGUGAUGAAUGUGAGGUUGUGAUACCCCAACUCGGCGCAGAAUUUAUCCAACCAAACGGUGCUAGAAUGAUGCUGUGAGAUUUCAGAUCCCCCGGUACUGGCCUCACACAUCGCUGGUGAGUGUUCGCUGGUAUAGCAUGUGUCUGCAGACUCCUGGGACAUGGUGAGUUGUCGGUGGUUGUGUUGUAGGGUUUUCUGAACAGCUGCUUUUCAUUGGUUUGUAGCACGGGGCGGUGUCAGACGUUGUUUGUCAACAGAUCCAUUUCCGGCUCAAACAAUUUAACUCUCACAGAGUUGUACUGAUCACGCAGCUUACACCAUUUAAACAUAUUGUUAAUGUCUGUAAAAACGUCACCAAGCACACACACAUCUCUCCACUGAAACAUAAUUUUCAAAUCAUAACAAACGCCAGCACCCGGCGAAACUGUACCAUUGUUGACAUCCGUUAUCUCAGAACCAAAUCCACAUAAUAUAUACAAAGAAUCUUCAGGGCUCUUUCCGCAUUCGUCGGCGAACAUACGAUACCACACACCGGGUAUCACGCUGCACCAUUCUCCGAUGAACAUUGCAUCCUGGCGAUAUCUGUUUAGGUCACUCCAAACAUAAUUGUAAAACAAUGCCCAAUCUUGCGCCGGGAAAAAUAGACACGGGUCAAGACCGACCCUCUCCAUCCCUUGUUCGGUGCUGUACAACGACACACAGCAUCUCGCCUUGUCAAACUCAAACUCCCAAUGCGAUUACCGGCUAGUGGAAAAUCCCGUUUUAUAGGCUCUUCAUUUUCAUGUAUAAAACUUGUUAUAUGAAUACGCUCCGCACGCCUCGGAGCAAAAGUCAAAUUUACAGUUCCCUUUCUGUCGGUCUCUCGACGUUGUGUCGAGCCGACAGAUGGGGUUUGCUCUUGAGAACCUAUCAACUUCUGACUAGUUUAGAAAAGGCCAAUGAAAUUGGCGAAUGAAAUUUGCAUGCCGGACUCCGCCCCCGGAUAUCCGGGUAUAAAAGGGAGACGGCGUGCUGCAUUCAUUCACCUUUUGUUCUUCGGAGCCUUCACACUAAUCGACUUCGAGACUUUACUGCUGGAAUCUUACGACGUGGUGCAGCGGACGGUCCCUUCCUGCAGCGACUUCCCCUGGGCGUCUCGGCAGUGCCAGGAGUGUUCGAGUGUUUUUUUUUCUAAAAGAGCAAAUUUCUCCAGCGUGGCAUGUCCCGCUGUUCUCAUGGGUGCAACACACUCAUCGAGGAGGGGGACGGACACGGUGUCUGCUUCCAGUACGCUGGGGCAGACGUUGUGGAUACGUCCUGCCCGCACUGCGGGCGGUUGACGAUUCAGACGUUGCGUCACAGGCGGCUGUGUUCCCACGGGACUCAGCCACCACCUUGUUUGCUCCCCGUUCCGUGACGGCAGGACUACGGCCCUGCCGCCCGCUACGGCAAGCAGCGAGGGUGAUAUGAGGAUUACUGUGAGCGUUAAUACGCCAGCCACUGGCUCACGGACCGUUCGCACCUCGUCUAGCUCGUCUGACCGUUCCCCAGGAGACGGUCCCACCGUCAUUUUCCCCAACCACGUAUUCGGACACGAUGCGUGGUAAUGAGAUGUCUCUUGCAGCAUCGGGGGGUGACGUACUGCCAUCCGACUCGAUUCCAAUGAUUCCUCGGGCUCCCUCCCUCGGGGGGUCGAGCCCAGGAAGAGGCAAAAGUCAAAAUGUCAGCCAUGCUUUCCCGGACCACCGUGAGCAUUGGGUUGCAGUGCCCGCACUGCCUCUCCCAGCGCUCGAGGCUGGUUACAUGGUGCCUCGGGUUUGAGCGCGGCUCCAGGCCGCGCCCGCCCCCAGUGCCGUGUUUACCGGAAGUGCAUGAAGAACUUAGUAAGACCUGGAACUCCCCUUUCCGGCACGUUCACGUCAAACAAGUUCUGUCACCCUCUCUUCCCUCGAGGGUAAGGCAGCUAGAGGAUACGUCGAUGUCCCCCGAGUGGAGCAUGCCGCCGCGGUGCACUCGUGCCCGCAGGCGGCGGCCACCUGGGGGGGCUCAACCUAGACUCCCGUCCAAAGCAUGGAGGGUCUCGGCAUCUCCGGUGUCGAGAGCUUAAAUUGCUGCGGGCCAAGCUGCCUCCUCUCUCCACGCUAUGGCUCCUGCCAGGCCAAGGCAUUGAGAGAGCUCCACGAGGGUAAGACCGACCCAGCGCUUAUGCAGGAACUCCACGCCACCACCGACCUCGCUCUAUGGGCGACCGGAGGUGACCGCGCGGGCCUUGAGUCGGGCGAUGUCCACACUAGUGGUCCAUGAGAGAGAAGGUCUGCCUUCUCGACGCAACCAUCUCGCAAGGGGGGGCUGUUUGGUGAUACUGUUGAGCCGCAGUUCUCGACAGUAAAGAACCAGACAGAGGAUAUCAAGCAUAUCCUCCCUCGCCGCGACUCGGCCGCCUCGGCCGUCGAGUCCCGUGCACCAUCUGCUUCCCAGCAACCCUGGUCCUCUUCGACGCCCUCCGGCUCUGGUGCCCUCCACUCAGGCUGCCCCCUGGGAAGGGACAUCGAAGAGGAGACCAUCGCCCCGUCAGCAGCCAUGGCGAAAGCAGAAGCGGCCCUCAUGGGAAGACCCCAGGGAGAUCGAGAAUACCAUCGGACCCGACACCAGCCAUUCCAUCGCUGGGUGAUCGAUCCGGGACGGUACCUGCCCCGUCCCAACAGCCCACUCUCUUAAGAGUUUCUUCUCUCUCUGGGUCUUUAUCACAGCCGCUCUCACCCUCUACACUAUGGUGCUCGGCAACUCGAUGUUGCGUCACGGCGAGACCCAAUGUCGAGGAUAAUCAGUAGCCCUCAGCACUCUCAAACAACAGUGUGUUGUGCUACAUAAUCACCAGGCAGGUAAGCAGCAGAGCCGAUCUCUGGGGGCCUCCCCACGGCAAGGGAUCCGCAAUGCUCGCCAUCGAACCACCCCCUGGGAGGUUGAUGAAGCAGAUCAUACCCCUAGCCCCUGUCUCGGUCCCUGGGAGCCUGACUAGAGCCCCCAAACCAUCACGGUGGCUACGGGAUACGAUCCGUCUCGGCUACGCGAUACAACUUACCAGAUGCCCGCUCAAGUUCAGGACAUCCUUUCAACCUCAGUCAGAGGUUAGGAUGCUCCUGUGCUUCGGGCCAGGGUCACAACCCCUCUGGCAAGCAAUCGUGCUCAUCCCUCUAGCCGGGAUGUUCAACGGGUUUUGCAGCCCAUACUAUAUUGUCCCCAAAAAGGGGGGUUGCUAGAUCUGUGUACCCUGAACAGGCACCUACUUCAGGAUGAGAAAAGAGCAAACUCUCCCCUGUGCAGAGCAUCCUCUUUCUCGGUAUGGAACUCGACUCCGUCCCCAUGACAGCGUGACUGACUCAGAGCGCGGUCAGUCAGUGUUGAACUUCCUGAAGCACUUCAGGCAGUCAGCUGUCCCCCUGAAACAAUUCAGAGGUUCCUGGGCACAUGGCAUCCUCGGUGGGGGUGGUCCCCUCGGGUUGAUGCACAUGCGACCGCCCCAACACUGGCUACUGAGUCGGGUUCCCUGGAGAGCGUGGCACACCGGCAGAAGGCGUAUGGUCAUCACGCCUCUCUGCUGACGCACCCCAACCACCUGGUCUUCAAUGACCUUUUUGGUGGACAGGAUCCCCCUAGGGCAGCAAGGCACGUCGUGUGACGACGGUUGCCUCCCUGCAGGGGUGGGGUGUCGUGUGCAACGGGCAAGCAGUGUCGGGGCGGUGGACGUGCCCCCGCCUGCGUUGGCAUAUCAACUGCCUAGAGUUGUUGGCUGUGCUACUUGCACUGAAGAGGCUGCAGCCUCUCGUGCAGGGCGAGCACGUGCUGGUCCGGUCAGACAGCACAACUGCCGUGGCGUAUAUCAAUCGACAGGGUGGCAUUCGCUCACGGCAGCUAACACAACUCGCCCGAUGCCUCCUCCUGUAGAGUCAGCAGGUGAUCAGCUCCCUGCAAGCGACACAUAUCCCAGGCGACCUGAACCAGACAGCCGACGCGCUCUCUCGUCAGUCGACGCCUCGCGGAGAGUGGUGACUCCAUCCCUGCGCAGUGUGGCUCAUAUGGGAGCAGUUCGGCCAGGCACAGGGGGACCUGUUGCCUCCCCGGAAUCCUCCCAUUGCCCGCUUUGGUACUCCCUGACCGAGGGACCCCUCGGCAUGGAUACCUUAGCGCACAGCUGGCCGCGGGGUAAGCGGAAGUAUGUCUUCCCCCCAGUGAGCCACAUUGCACAGGUCUUGUGCAAGGCCAGGUAAGAGGAGCAUCAAGUGGUACUAGUUGCGCCCUAUUGGCCCAACCGGACUUGGUUCUCGGAGCUAAGGCUCUUGACAACAACUCCCCCCUGGCCGAUCCCCCUGGCAAAGGACCCCCUUUCCCAGGGGAAGGGGCACGUUACGGCAUACCAGGCAGACCCCUGGAACUUCCAUGUCUGGACGGGAAGAGGAGAUCCUGAGUGGCCCACCCCCUGGGGUUGGGACACCACUCAGACUAGGGCCUCGGCCACUAGGCGUCUAUACGCCCAUAAGUGGUGCAUCUUCUCGUCCUGGUGCUCUUCUCGAAGAGAAGGCCCACGGAGUUGCUCGAUCGGGAACGUGCUUUCCCUUCCUCAAGAGAGACUGGAAAAUAACCUCUCCCCCCUCCACACUGGAAGUGUAUGUAGCCGCUACGGCCGCUCAUCACGACCCAGUUGCUGGGAAGCCUCUGGGACAGCACAACCUGGUCAUUAGGUUCCUAAGGGGGCACGAGAAGGCUACCGACUCAUCCGCGCUCCGUACCCUCUUGCGACCUAGGUGGCGGGCCUCAAGAGGCCCCCCUUUCGAUCCCCUCGGAGCUGCCGCUCUUUCUCACCUCACGAUAAAGACGGCUCUCCUGAUGGCGCUCACCUCCAAGAGGGUAGGGGACCUACAAGCACCCUCCAUGUCCACAGAUUGCCUAGAACUCUGGCCCGGUGUUUCUCACGUUAUCCUGAGACCCCGGUCCGGCUACGUGCCCAAAGUUCCCACCACUACCCCUAGAGACCAGGUGGUGAACCUGCAGGCGCUCCCCACCGGGGAGGAAGACCCAACCCGAUCCGUGUUGUGUCCAGUACGCGCACUGCGCCUCUACUUGGACCGCACGCAGAGCUUCAGAAGCUCUGAGCAGCUCUUGUCUGUUCUGGAGAUCAGCAGAAGGGGAGGGCUGUCUCCAAACAGAGGUGACGCACUGGAUCGUGGAUGCCGUCGCUACGGCAUACCGAUCUCAAGUUCGCCCCUGCCCAUUAGGAGUGAGGCACACUCCUCAUGGGCACUGGCUCAGGGCACCUCUCUGGCAGACAUCUGCAGAGCUGCAGGUUGGGCUACGCCCAACACCUUCGCGAGGUUCUAAUACCUACGCGUGGAACCGGUGUCAGCCCGCGUCCUGCAGGGCAACGUGUAGGACCGGCAGCCGGUAGGGCGUACGCCUGCGAAAGCCCUUCCCCCUUCCUCUAGGGGGAUCAGCGGCUAUAAUGCUCUGGGACCCCCUACCUCUCCACUGGACGGUUACAAUUUCGUGCUAGCGCUCACGUCUGACUCACCCAGGCCAGUCAGCAUCGCUCCGCUAGAGAUUGUGACGCGGCACAGCACUGUGGCGUUUUCCAUAGGAACCCCAUCUGUCGGCUCGACACAACGUCGAGAGACCGACAGAAAGGGAACGUCUUGGUUAUGGAUGUAACCUCAGUUCCCUGAUGGAGGGAACGAGACAUUGUGUCCUUCUUGCCACAACGCUGGCUGCCCACCGCAGCGGUCGAGGGAUGCUCAGGCUCCUCAGUCCAAAAUGUGAAUGAAUGCAGCACGCCAUCUCCCUUUUAUACCCGGAUAUCCGGGGGCGGAGUCCGGCAUGCAAAUUUCAUUUGUCAAUUUCAUUGGCCUUUCUAAACUAGUCAGAAGUUGAUAGGUUCUCAAGAGCGAACCCCAUCUGUCGGCUCGACACAACGUCUCGUUCCCUCCAUCAGGGAACUGAGGUUACAUCCGUAACCAAGACGUUUCCAUACCCACGUCAGUAGACGAACCGGCAUUGACAUUUUUAGGAGUCUCAGCACUGGAUAGAGCCAUUGUAGCACGUUAAGACGCAUAUUGAAGUAUCUGAUUUAAAUAGCGAAAAAACUAACAGUAUUUAAGCAACUACUGCCACACCCCCCACUAGGUUUUCACAUUAAGGUGUGAAAACAGUGGGUUGUCAGGACAUCAGGAUGUCAGGCCAUGGGUUAGAUAGACAACUACAGGGGGUACAACAACACAGCCAUAAAAUAUAAACUGUCAAACAAGACUGACAGAUCAUAAAAAAACCCAGCCUAAUUUGAUUGACUGGUCAAAUGACUUUGCCUGGGAUUGUAUGGGGACAGUCACACUUUGAUAAGAUUGCAGACCUCAAGUCUCAAUUCACUCACUUACAUGAUAAAAAUCUUAAACCUGGAGCCAACUUACUCUUAGAUGAAAAACCACAUACAUAUUAUUUUAUCUCUCUCUAAUUUACAAACACAACCGUCUUUCACAAAUUAGACUAUAGUAAAAUCAAACACACCUUUUUGAUUAGGGAAUGAUGGGGGGGGGGUUGGGGGUGUAGGUAGUUAACCCCACUGAAGGAAGGGUUGGGGCAGAGGAGACUCAACAACAGUCAUAAAACAUAAAUGUCAUCAAGAUUGACAGGCCAUAAAAGUCUCCGUUUGAGUGACUGGUUGACAGAACUUUGAUAGGGGGUCAUAAAUCAAUCAAAAUUUUGACACAAGGUAUAUGAUUAUACUACUUACGCCGA